AUGUUUAGAACAUUAAGAAUAAAUCCAAUGUUAAAUAAAGCUAUCGUUGGAUCAGUUGGAUUAACUGGUUUAACUGCUUCAUAUUUAUUAUACAAAGAUUCAAUGACUGCCAAUGCUAUGACAGCUGCUGAACAUGGUUUACAUCCACCAGCUUAUGAAUGGUCUCAUAAUGGUAUGUUUGAUACUUUUGAUCAUGCUUCAAUCAGAAGAGGUUUCCAAGUUUACAGAGAAGUUUGUGCUGCAUGUCAUUCUUUAGAAAGAAUUGCUUGGAGAAACUUAGUUGGAGUUUCCCAUAAUACUUCAGAAGCUAAGGCUUUUGCUGAAGAAUUAGAAUAUGAUGAUGAACCUGAUGAUGAAGGUAAACCAAGAAAGAGACCAGGUAAAUUAGCUGAUUAUAUUCCAUCUCCUUAUGAAAAUGAACAAGCUGCUAGAGCUGCUAAUCAAGGUGCUUUACCUCCAGAUUUAUCAUUAAUUGUUAAAGCUAGACACGGUGGUUGUGAUUAUAUCUUCUCAUUAUUAACUGGUUAUCCUGAUGAACCUCCAGCAGGUGUUGUUUUACCUCCAGGUUCCAACUAUAAUCCAUACUUCCCAGGUGGUUCUAUUGCUAUGGGUAGAGUUUUAUUCGAUGAUUUAGUUGAAUAUGAAGAUGGUACUCCUGCUACUACUUCUCAAAUGGCUAAAGAUGUUACUACUUUCUUAAAUUGGGCUGCUGAACCAGAACAUGAUGAUAGAAAGAGAUGGGGUUUAAAAGCUUUAAUAGUCUUAUCUUCAUUAUACUUGGUAAGUGUUUGGGUCAAGAAAUUCAAAUGGCAAUCCAUGAUGAACAGAAAAAUUAAAUUCAACCCUCCAAAAAAGUAA